ACUGAAUAUUCUGAGUAAUCAAUACUGAAUAUUCCCCCGUACCACCGCGACCCCAAAUCCCACUCCUACGCCUGACCCCCACCACCCCCACCCCCACCCCCACCCCCACCCCACACACUUCUCCCCAAUUAAUCCUCCAUUUUUCUCUCAACUAUUUUAUUUCCGAUCUCCAAAAACCCUCAUAUUAUUCAACUUUUUUCUCAAAAAAAAAUAAAAAAAAUCCAAAUUCUCUCUCUGAUCAUAACAAUUCAUUCAUUCAAUCAAUUCUUGAUCAGAGAGAGAAUUUUUUUUCUCAAUUUUUUUUAAAUUUUUUUUGGACGAUUUUGCCCUUUUCGAUAUUCUGGAUUGAUUUGAAUUACGCAUGUGUUGUAUGUUGAUGAUCAAGUUGGAUUUUUUCUCUUUAAUUUCCUUUUUCCAUUUUUACCCUUUUGUGUUUUUUGAUUUUAAUUUUUUAAAUUUUAAGAGUAAAGUUUGUUGUAUUAAUUCAUUAUUAAUACUGAGAUUGUUAUUAAGAUUAAGAUUUUUUACGUUAAAUCUUACUUAAUUAAAUUAAUUACGAUUAAUUCACUAAUUAUUGCAUUUUUAGCCAUGGAUUCUAAGAAGAAGAGUAAUCGUCAGGUUCAAAAAGCUCCUUGCUUCUCAGAUGUUGGAAGGAGGUCUGUGGCAAAGCCACCAUCUGUCAUUGUAAUAGGUGGUGGAUUUGCAGGACUUGCAGCUGCUCGCACACUUCAUGAUGCAUCAUUUCAGGUGGUUGUGCUAGAAUCACGAGAUAGAAUUGGAGGCCGAGUUCACACUGAUUAUUCUUUUGGUUUUCCUGUUGACUUGGGUGCAUCAUGGCUGCAUGGCGUCUGCAACGAGAAUCCUUUGGCACCUCUAAUUGGAAAACUAGGACUUCCUCUCUAUCGUACAAGUGGUGACAAUUCAGUUUUGUACGACCAUGAUCUGGAAAGUUACGGGCUUUUUGACAUGGAGGGUAAUCAAGUACCCCAGGAGUUAGUCUCAAAGGUUGGCGAGACUUUUGAGAGCAUUUUGAAGGAGACUGAUCAAAUUAGGCAAGAAAACAGUGAAGACAUGUCUAUCAGUCGUGCUAUAUCAAUGGUUUUUGAAAGGAGACCCGAUUUAAGGUUGGCUGGCAUUGGUCAUAAGGUGUUGCAGUGGUACCUAUGUAGAAUGGAAGGCUGGUUUGCUGCGGAUGCAGAUACCAUAUCACUCAAGUGUUGGGACCAGGAAGAAUUGCUUCCUGGUGGCCAUGGCCUUAUGGUACGGGGAUAUAAGCCUGUCAUCAAUACACUAGCAAAAAGGCUUGACAUUCGCUUAGGUCGCAGGGUUACAGAAGUAGUUAGACAUUAUAAUGGUGUGAAGGUAACAGUUGAGGAUGGAAGUACCUUUGUAGCCGAUGCUGCCAUAAUUGCUGUUCCUCUUGGUGUUCUGAAAUCAAAUUAUAUCAGGUUCGAACCUAGAUUACCUGAAUGGAAAGAUACUGCCAUUAAACAACUUGGUGUUGGAAUUGAGAACAAGAUUAUUCUGCACUUUCAAGACGUGUUCUGGCCAAAUGUUGAGUUCUUGGGAGUAGUUGCAGAAAGCACUUAUGAGUGCAGUUACUUUCUUAAUCUUCACAAGGCUACUGGCUAUUCUGUCCUUGUUUAUAUGCCUGCUGGGCAACUGGCCCGUGACACUGGGGAACUAUCUGAUGAGGCUGCUGCUAAUUUUGCAUUUACACAACUUAAGAGGAUUCUUCCAAAUGCGACUGCUCCUAUUCAGUAUCUUGUUUCUCACUGGGGUACAGACAUAAACUCACUGGGAUCAUAUAGCUAUGAUACAGUUGGGAUGCCCCAUGAUCUAUAUGAAAAGCUUAGAAUACCAGUAGAUAACCUAUUCUUUGCUGGGGAGGCAACGAGUACUGAUUACCCAGGUUCUGUACAUGGUGCAUAUUCAACCGGAUUGCUGGCUGCUGAGGAAUGCAGGAUGCGUGUCCUGGAGCGACAUGGAAAGUUGGAUAUUUUCCAGCAAGUCAUGGAUGAGGAAACGCAUAUUCCCAUUUUGAUAUCCAGAAUGUAACUUUUAAGUUUCAUUGCACAAAAACGUUUUAAUUUAGUUGCGUCAUGGGAUUGAGCCAACACAAUUUGACAGAAAAAUCGUAAAUCACAAGGUUUCCAGAAUAAGUUUUCAGACAUCAGCUAAAGUAGGUGGUCUUUUCUUGUCGAAAAUUUAGCAUUUCCAGGUGAACUGGACAUUCUUGUUGUGCUGUGAAUUGCAGCCUGUGUGAUUUAUGGUACCUUUGCAAAUUGUUGAAUUAUAGGAUGAAUUACCUUAUUUUUGCA